UGUGGGAAGAGUUUUAACUAUUUACUAACAUUUGUACCUUUGAUUAUAAUACUGUAAAUGCCGAAACCUUUGCGGUGGUUAAAUGUUCGCGAUUUUCACAAUGGCCGCUUCACCACAAACUUAAAACCAGUGGAACAUUUUUCCAUGGCAUGGUGCUAUUGUGAACUUAAAACCACAGUGAAAAGUUCUUUUUCCCGCUGCAGCGAACUUAAAUACAUUUACAGUAGCUCUGUGCAUUAAGGUUAAAUUUUUGUCACAUUUGAUAUUUGUUUUCCAAGUGUCAAUACUUCAUAGCUGAUAAACUUGAUACAGCUUGUCUACCACGAUGUUCACUGUUUGGAUUUCGAUAAGUACCAUUAGAGUCUUAAACAGAACCUUUUUAAAACAAAGUAUUUUAAAAAAUGUACCUUUCUCCUGCUCUUCUAGAGAAUAAAUGAAAAUUAAUUAAUAAACUUAGUUUGCUUUUGUACUAAAGUCCCUCCGGUUUGGAUAAAAAUUUCAAAUAAUCUUUAAAGACAUUAUUACUUGAUAGCUGUGCAAAGCCUUACACAGUUAAAUUCUUGAGCGUUUAGAAACAUCAAUGUUCACUGGUAAUCGAUGUACAAACAUGAAUACAAUAGAAAUGCAUAGAUACAGAGGGUAGAUCGCAUACCAAUUUUUCAAAGGGAUCUCUCGCGUAACUCAAAAUCACCUUUGUACAAUCAUUGUUUGAACAGCGAAAGUUUUCAUACUUUACAUUGUCCCACUAUCGGCAUAUGUGUGUAAAUCUUUGCCAGCAUAGCUGCUUAAGAGAGCAAACAGACCGCGGACGUUGGUCUUUGCUGUUUGCCCAAAUCCACUGCCGUCCCCAACUACAAACAGACACGUACUUCAGCGCGCACUCCACCAAUAGGGUCGGCUGCACCUGUUACAGGUCGGGGCUGCGCGCUCUUACAGACCGAGUUCCGGGAUGUGGUCCCGGGCAUUCUGGCACAAAUCCGGGUAGGACUUACAAAACGGUUCGGCCGUGGACGUUGCGUCAGAGUUUCGACACUUGCUUGUCCAGUUUUUUUGUUGAGGACAGACACUUUUUCGGCCUAUGUUAUUUCAUUUCAUCGUUUCUUCACAUGCAAGACAGCAGGGUACAACUUCUGUCAAGUUUUAGCGUAAACACUAUCUGUAAAAGGACUUGUGUCAGUGUUACGGACGACUUCACUCCGUUCUGCUGUUUGGACUUCUAAGAUUCGUUUGACAAUCUAGGAGACCCGGAAGUUUACUUAGGACUGUCGCACCUCAAGCAAGACUUGUUACCGGUCAGAACGCGACGCAUGCUUAGAUUCCUUAGCUGUGGAAAAAUUCUGUUUGCUUGGGCGAUUAUCAGAAGGCUGCCUGUAUUGUAGAUUUUGCCCGCGGGGUGACGGAGUCCUCUGUUAUCGCUCGAGCCGCUGAAAAGAUCCGUCCACACCGACAUCGAUCGUCUACGACUCCUGUCAACCAACCUGUUGGACGACGUGUCAAAACAAAAUGGCGGCGCCCGCUGUGUUUUGGACGAUAAUCUUUGCCACUCUGUUGGCCUCGUCACAACAACAACAACCCCGAAGAGUAGGCACGACAGCCUCGCGACAAAUGUCCAUGGUCGUGGACAAGAAAUCCCUAACAGAACAGGACUUCGUGCGAGUGUUGAACGCGCCGGAGUUUUUCACCGCCACCCCGGACCUACAGGUACCAGUCGAAUACCGCUGUAGCAAGGACCGAAUCCUCGGUCUGGACGUACGGGCAAGCUCGCUCGUGCGAAACAACGUAGACAUCUUCAAAUUCAGGUGGCAAUGCGAAAAGACUUCGGGGCAACACAAAGUCCGAACGGUAAGCGUGAAGCUCCCAGACACCGUGCUUUACAGAGAAGACCGCCUGGUUCGGAGAGCCGUUUUUGUGACUUCGAUGGAGCUGCGGGUCUGGCUUAUAGACAAGUCGCUGUGGACUCAGUACAAAAUGAACCAUUACGUUAGAUCAUUGGCUAAAGUCAGCUACCCUAUGAAGUCCGUCCCCCCUUACUCCAGACCCCCGAAAGACCACAAACUAUGCUGGAGAUGGGACGUUGACAUUAUUGACAGGUUUGCAGACAACUUUAAGUACGCGAACUGUUCGCUGGAACCCGAAGUGGUCGACUUCUUCACCUUUCCCGUGGCUUUCGGCGGGCACAAACGCGGGGUGGUCAAGGAACUGCCCAAGUUUAAGGACCUUACUCUGAGGAAACGCAUGGGAGAAAUCGCCACAAGGCCGAGAUGGACGUUGAGUGUGUGGGUGUACCUGCAGAAGUACUGCAGUAUGAACCUGUGCGGGAUCUACCACAAGGCGGCUGUGGACGACUUCUACCUCACUCCGGUUCUCUUCGUCACCGACACCGGACACCUGUUUGUGCAGGUAUCAAUGGUUCCGCAACAGCUGCACGCGGUGCUGUCAGUUUUCAAACUCCCCCUCCACCAAUGGUUUCGCCUUGAUUUCACCCUGGACGGCAGCUACUUCAACAGCACGGUGACUUACGGACCGAACCUGACCAAACAGUACUUCAUGGAGGACCGCUUCCCGAGAACCGUCUACUUCGACGACUUCAGCGGCCGCCAUGUUUUCGGCGGGACGGACGUCGGUCUGCAGGCCAUCAAGGGCUUCAUGGCUCACGCGAGAAUUUACCGAACUCACGUGGUUCAGCAUGACGUCAUACCCAUCCCUCCCGCAAGCGACGCCAUGUUUGCAAUCGAGUUGCCACAGGAGUACAAGAACUGUGAGGGAUUCAAGGCAUACACAAACGUGAAGCUACGGCAUUACAAGAUUCUGAAAGAAGACGUUUUGAGAAGGAGAGUCUGUUUAAGUUUCUAUGCAGAGAAGAUGAAGAAGUAUCGCCGUGGAUAUGUUGACCCUGAAACGGUCUGCCCCGUCUAUGCCGGUCCCGCCAGUCAGGAAUAUGUGACGACGAACGCGCUCAUUAGAAAACAAGUUGCAAAGUAUGCUCGCAUCUACAGUCUUCACGAUAAGGACUUGUCUGAUCAUCUAUACCAGAAAGCCAUCGAUACCGUUGACGUGGAGGGACUGAGAGGGGUCGUGAGUUCUAUCCCCAUGCUGCGGCAGUCUGCGUGCCUGCGAGGAGGGAAGGCGGCGUACCUGUUGUCAGUGCUGUACACCACUGGCGCCGGCGUCAAGGCCGACCAGGUCCGGGCCUGGAGGUACGGCCUCCUCGCCGCCCAGCUCAGCGGCAAGCUCGGCCUGAUGUCGCUCGCGCACAAGCACCACUUCGGGUACGACGGCUACCCGAUCGACGACGACAUCGCCUACAUCUACUACAAGAACAUCGCCGACCAGACGCAGAAGGAUCGCGACGAGCACGUCGAAGACGACGUCUUCACCGAGACCAUCCGCCUCACCGACACCAACGCCCUGAAGGAGAUCACCAACGAAAAUGACGACCUCUUCCUGUGGCUGAAAUUCCAGGCUAAGAAGGGAGUUACCGACGCCCAGGCCGCCAUGGCGCGGAUGCUUUUCUGGGGACAGCAGGGCAUUAAGCGAAACCUUCAGGCCGCCUUCCGUUACUACGAAAUGCACGCGCAGCAAGAACCGAAGAACCCAGAGGCUCUGUACGACUAUGGCAUCAUCAUGUUGAAGGGACAAGGUACGGAGAAGAACGUGAAGAAAGCCAUGAGCACCUUGAACAAGUCCGCAGAGCUAGGCAGUCCCGCCGCCAUCAACGCCCUGGGGUGGUACGCGCUCAACCACGAGGGGAACGCCACCAAAGCGGCCCACUACUUCCACCAGGCCGACCGGAAGGGAAACCACGAUGCCGCACACAACCUCGGUCAUCUGUACUGGUCCGGGGGCUACCCUGGCCUGAAGAAACCCGACAGGGGGAAAGCGUUCGAGUGUUACUGGCGGGCUGCGCAGAGGGGGCACAUCGAGGGAUCCAUCCAGGCCGCCAUGAUGUUUUAUAACGGGUACGGUCUGCAAGAGAGAAACGCGUAUAACGGCGCCAUCUGGGCCAGGUUCAUCGCUGAAAUGAGUCCCGAGCUCGGCAAAACUUUGCGUAACGGCCUGCUGGCGUUUCGGCAAAAGAACUGGUCCAAAUCGCUGCUCUUCUACCUUCUCGCUGCGGAGGCGGGUUUGGAGCAAGGGGAAUUCAAUAUGGCGUACCUCUGCGAAGAAAAUCCCGAGGGACUAGCCGAAAAUUUCAUCGAGAAGGACUGCAAGUGGAAAUACUACAACCUGUCCACGCUAGCAGAGUGGCCAAGCUCGUACGCGCAAAUCAAGAUGGGCGAUUUUCAUUGGUACGGAUGCGGUGGCAAACGCGACGUGUCGUCCGCCGUAAAAAUGUACGCGAAGGCAGCGGUACAACAAGACCCCCAGGGGCUGUACAAUCUUGCUUACCUCGUUGGAGAGGGGGUAGAAAUCGAAAACAUGACACUUCUAAAAAUAGGUAUAGAUCCAGUACACAAGACAAGCAACGUCUCUCUUAUGUCGGAAUUCUACAGUCGCUGCCGCGAGUCCAGAAACUCUGACGCCUUCAUCCCCUGUUCGCUGGCUUUGGCGCGAGUCCAGCUCUUCGACAUCUGGCAAAAGUACCAAGGUGUCCUCAAAAUGUCCAGCGUCCUUGGCGUUGCCAUGGUAACGUCUCUAACGGCGUUUGCCGUCCAUGCACAUAUAAGGGCAAAUAGACAAGACGUCGAUACAGUAUAACCUCUAUAGGGGUCAUAGACGAUGUCAAUUCUGAGACUAUCGCAAAUUGUAGAUGUGGAUCAAGGGGAAUGGUAAUGUUUGAAACACAAACACCCCGCCUAUGCAAAAAAUGGAAAUGAGAGGGGUCACAAAUGUCAGUGAAAAAAAGAGGUUUGUCAAUUAAGUUUUAUGACCAGUUAUUGAAAAAAGUGCCUUUAGAUGUUUAGCUGGUGGUGUUGUCUGUCAGCUGUAAGCAAGGACGUUAUAUGAGAUGACGUCCUUGCUGUAAGGUACAGAUACAGCUUAACUGCUCUGAAACUCAAGAAAUUGGUCGCGUCACUGUAUCACCCAGUCUUCUCUAUAUGUCCAUCGCCAUGACUUUCGUGAUUGUGACGUCAAAGUCAGCAUCUACUAUCGUGUCACUGACGAUAGAUAGAAGACUUUUGGGAAGAUUGAAAAAGAAGUUGUGCUACCUAGUUGUUUAACCCUUCAUUGCAAAACAACAUUCCACUGCAUUGCUGACAAGUCUUGAACAAGUGUAAUAUAGAUGAACUGAUGACUAUUAGACUAUAGAGUAUAUUGAAUAUAACUUGAAUAUUGAUGAUAUUUCAAUUUGAGAGACUUUGGGCUAGGUGUAAUAAUUAAUUGGUAAUUUCUCAGGCCUCUAGAAGUGCAAUAUGUGACGUAAUAUCAAAGAGGAUACCCUCCAGAACUUGCAUGUAUAUACUAGAUAGUGUGGACUCUAAUAACGGUUUCUUGCUGCCCCCUAUAUGCUUUCUUUACUAGAUAUAGGACACAAAAAGUCGUAUUGAAUAUUAGUGAAUACCUUUUUUUAGACGCUAUUAUCAUGAAUAGAUGAACGCUUUCAAAUAUGAAAAUCUAAUUUGGUGUGUGCCAAUACAAGAAUGAUGCUUGGACGCUAGAUAUGGCAAAAAUCUCUCGAUAUGACAACACCUUGGCAUGUGUGGACAAGUAGAAGUAUUUCAAAGGUUUAGCAGAAAUUCUAAAAUGACAAGAUUUCCCAGUAAUUACUAAUAAGUUCACAUACAUUCAGAUCAAUUUCUGUUACAUAAGAAUGUUAAAUUUAACUUUUAAAUUAGUCUCCUAUAAAUUUGUUUAUAAGCGACAGUCAUGAGCACACAACAUUAUUGUACAUUUCCAUAAUAUACGUUCUGCAACCGCUAACCUGUUAUUAGUAUUACAAGUUCCUUGCCGUCACAUCUGUAAGGUUUGAAAAUUGGCCAAUUGAAACUGAAUACAGAUACGUAAUUGAAAGGAAAUGCUACCUCAAAGAGGUAGUUGUUAAAAGAUAUAAUGACAAUAAUUACGUAGAUCUAGAGAGUAAUCAUUAUCUGAAUGCUGUGCUGUUAGUGCCCUACACCAUUCAGGCUUAACCUGAUGAGGCUGUAAUAAGUUUAUUGCAAUUCUUGCCUGUCGCUCCUCGCCGGUAUCACGUGCAGGAUGAUCACAGUUAGAGCAAGGACGUUAUAUAAGACGACCCUGGCUAUAGAGUAAGAAUAAGAUAAAGAUAAGAUGGUGAUACAUCAUAAUAAUACAAAUAUAUCUUAUCGAGAAUCCACCUUGUAUUUGAGUUCAGAUUUUAUGGCCAGUCAGUUAUGCUGCUAAUAAAGUUUACUAAAAACUGCUAA